CCCCCCCCUCUCUCUCUCUGUAAUGGCGGCUCGCCAAAAGAGAGGAAAGUCUUAGCAAAAAAAAAAAAAAAAAUAGUGAGGAAAGCCGCUUCCGUCGGCGACCGAUUCCCUCUUCUAGACCCGGCAUCUGGAAAAACACUUCCAUCUCUUCACCCAAGUCAUCCACUGCUUCGAAUCCGCCCUCGAUCGCUUCCCCUUCGACCUCCGAUCUCGAAACCCUAGCUCCGAUCCUUCGGAAUCUUGUCGGAAUUUCAGAUAUGAAGCAAUAAUAAUCCGCUUAAGACAUAUCCGAACCCUUGUCCCAAGCCUCUGGAUCUCGUUUCGGUGGAAAAUGGGAAGCAGAUGGAGGAAAGCCAAGCUCGCCCUCGGGUUGAACCUCUGCGUCUACGUCCCGAAGGCCCUCGACGAUGCCUCACCGUCUGAUGACCCCUCCGGAAGGUCCUCGGAAGCCGCCGUGGUCUCUCCGCCGUCCGGGACCUCGGAUCUCCGCGCCUUGAUGCCCACCACUCCGACCCCGACUUCCUCCGGCCUCCGGCUUUCUAAAUCCGGAAGCAGAUCCUUCAAGAAAACAUGUGCCAUAUGUCUAGCUUCCAUGAAACCAGGACAUGGUCAUGCUCUCUUCACUGCAGAAUGCUCACAUACCUUUCAUUUCCAUUGUAUUGCUGCAAAUGUAAAACAUGGCAAUCAUGUGUGCCCAGUUUGUAGGGCCAAAUGGAAGGAGAUUCCCUUUCGAGGUCCCCCAUCCUCCGAGAACCCUCAUGGAAGAGCCAGAGUUAAUCCAAUCAACUGGCCCCAAGAUGAUGGGUAUGUGAGUAUGCUGCGGCAGCUCCCUCGGGUCGACUCUUCGAAUAGGCAUCACCAUCUAACACCUCCCUUGCACAGUUCGGAGCCUAUAGUCUUCAAUGAUGACGAGUCUUUGGAUUCCUCAUCCGAAACACCUAAAGAUAUGCAACAUGGAUGUAUGAGAACAGUAGAGAUCAAGACGUACCCAGAAUUCUCAGCCAUUCAACAGUCAGUUUCUGAAGAAAACUUCACCAUUCUAAUCCAUCUGAAGGCUCCAUGUGCUCCCACGGUGGAGACCUGUGGUGGAAAUCCCCUUGGGAACACUCAUCUCUCAAAAACAUCUCCAGCUCCUGUUGACCUUGUUACAGUGCUUGAUGUUAGUGGCAGCAUGGCAGGUACCAAGCUUGCAUUGCUGAAGCGAGCUGUGGGGUUUGUGAUUCAGACCCUUGGGCCCUCUGACCGGCUUUCCGUAAUUGCCUUCUCAUCAACUGCUUGCCGGCUCUUUCCCCUUCGUCGGAUGUCCGAAUCUGGCAGGCAGCAGGCCUUGCAAGCUGUCAAUUCGCUGACUUCUGGUGGUGGGACUAACAUUGCCGAGGGCCUCAGGAAGGGUGCAAAACUGAUCGAAGAUCGUAGGGAGAAGAAUCCUGUCUGCAGCGUCAUUUUGCUCUCCGAUGGGCAAGACACAUAUACUGUCACCCCAACUUUUGGUGGUGCUCGCCCUACACAACCAGACUACCGGUCACUAGUUCCAUCAUCCAUUCGUGGUGGCAUGAGUCGCCAGAUACCUGUUCAUGUAUUUGGUUUCGGUGCUGACCAUGACUCUGAGUCAAUGCAUUCAAUCUCGGAGACCUCUGGUGGGACCUUCUCUUUUAUCGAGUCUGAGGGUGCAAUCCAGGAUGCUUUUGCACGGUGCAUUGGUGGGCUUCUGAGCGUGGUGGUGCAAGAGAUGCAUGUUGGUGUGAAGUGUGUGCAUCCGGGCGUGCACCUUGGCCUCAUAAAAUCUGGUAGCUAUGCCAAUCAGGUGGCAGAUGAUGGUCAGAGUGGAUCUGUUGAUGUGGGGGACUUGUAUGCAGAUGAAGAGAGGGAUUUUCUGGUGUCAGUCAAUGUUCCACCCGCCUGUGAAGAAACUGUGUUGCUCGGAGUGAGCUGUGCAUAUAAAGAUCCUGUGUCAAAAGAGACGGUGAAUGUGGAAGGCUUGGAGGUGAAGAUCUCAAGGCCGUUGGUUGUUGUGGAACGAAUGAUGUCCAUGGAGGUGGAUCGUCAGAGGAACCGACUUCGGGCUGCGGAGGCCAUGGCUGAAGCGAGGGCUGCUGCUGAGCGUGGUGAGCUCUCAGUGGCUGUCUCCAUACUUGAAGAAUGCCGGAGAACACUGUCGGAAUCUCUGGCAGGGCGACUGGGGGAUCAGCUGUGCCAGGCGCUGGAUGUGGAGCUGAGGGAGACCCAGGGAAGGAUGGCUAGCAGGCAAAGAUAUGAAGCAUCAGGGCGGGCAUAUGUGCUGUCGGGGCUUAGCUCACACUCAUGGCAGAGGGCAACAACACGUGGGUACUCAGGAGAUAGCAGCCUCUUGCAAGCCUAUCAGACACCAUCCAUGGUCGACAUGCUGCAGCGUUCCCAAACAAUGAGUCCUGCAUCUCGGCAUCCCAAUCCACAGAUGCGACAAGCGAAAUCAUUCCCGGCAAGGCUGCAGCCCAGGUAAUUUUACAUCCUUAUGAGGAGAGGAAACAUCCCAGUUUUUUUUGUUUAUUGCUGCUGUUUUUUUUUUGUGGUUUUGGGCAAUAGGGAAUGGUGGUGGUAUAGUGCAGAAGGUAAAGAGAGGUGGAUUUGGAGGGUUUUUACAUUGGUGGUGGGAUAUAUUGUUAUCUUGUAAAUGAAUAAGUUUGGGUGAUGGAAACUGAAAAAGUGCGGGGAAAGAUAGGGUUUAGUUCGAGUGGGGAAAAAGGUGAAGGGUAUUAACCUUGGUGCUUUUCUUUGGUCCUCUUGCUCUGGUUUUGGUGGUGUGCAUAAGAGAAGAGAGGGGGUUUAUGCUUGUGAUCUAGGGAAUACUUUGCCCCUGUGGGUUGCAUUCUUCUUAUGAUAUAUGUGUUCCGCCCUUUAUGAUUUAAA